AUGCAAAUGAACAUCACCACCGCUCCCGAUGGUGCCAAGUCUUCGUUGCCGCCUGGAAAGGCUCCGAUGCAUCCUGCAGCAUUGAAGCGCUUCCCCACGCUACGGAAGAACUCGUUCCUGUACCAGCUCCAAGACCAGAUUCAAAUCCAUCGAGAGAGUGAACCGCAGCGUCAGCGGCAGAAAGAGGUGAAGGAGAUUUACCGCAUCUUGCAACGCGCCCCGGAGGCUCGUGAGGCGCAUGAGAUCGACACCCUGUACGACUGGGUGCUCAAGAACGGGAGCACGAACAAGAUCUUCCAAGGCGCACAAGAGAUCAUUUGCAAGACGAUUUGUCGCGAGAUGACGCUGUUGGAACUGCCGGCUAAAGGCGCCGUGUGCUACCAAGGUGACUACGGCGACACGUUCUACGUCAUUAUCUCAGGCUCAGUGUCGCUUUUCAUCAACGCAAAGCCAAAACCCAGACUCAUCCUCGAGGAGAACAACAACAACAAUUCCAAGUCGUAUUCGACCGACGAAGAAGAGGUGAAGCUGCAACCGGAUCAAUACGGGAUCUUCAUAAAGCACAUCACUGACGGCGGCACUUUCGGCGAGUUGGCAGUCAUGGACCCCACGGCACGACGGUCGUGCACCAUUAUCUGCGACGAGCCCACGUCUUUCAUCUGCUUGAAGCGAGGAGCGUACCAGCGGCUGAUACGUAUCACUAACUCUUCGCAGCUUGACUUCACGCAAAUCGAGUUCUUGGAGACCUUGCACUUCUUCGACGGGUGGCCUCACGGCGAGCUCACGCGGCUGUCUAAUCGCCUGCGCCAAGUGCACUACCCAGCUGACAGCUACCUUACUCGCAUCGGUGCUGACGCCAACGUGGUCUUCUUCAUCUACGCGGGUAUGGUCCAGGAAACCGUGCCGAUCAUCCAACUGCUUAAUGAGAACGGCAGCGUCCAGCGCUGCGCAGAGCUUGAAAGCAAUUUGGCGAGGCGAAGAGUGCAGGGACUGGGAGGAAAGAGGAUAAGUUCGCAACAACGACGUCGGACAGAACUCGAGCUGAGUUUGUACCAAGACCAUGACAUCUGCGGCGAGUACCCCAUCUUCUUUAACAGGUCGACGUGCAGUACAGACUUACUGGCAGAAACCUGGAAGGAGCUGUUCUACAUGCACGCACUGGACCACAUUCGAGACUCGUUCAAUAAGUUUCGCAAACUGGCUGAUGCUCGGGAAAACUGGAGGAAAACGCGCGUCAAACUUGCGCUUGCAAACCCAGGCUUGAUUCUCACUAUCUCAACGAAAGCCAUGAUGCAAGAUGGAAAAUGUCUCUGUGGCUGGUGCGGAAACCAAGAUCACACGACUGGGGACGCGAGUUGUCCUGGACUGGCAGCAUCGAAGAAGAAGCUCGAGGACCGACAAAAGAAGGCGAAUGCGAAGAAGAACAAACUGGCGGCAAAACUGCAGAAUGCAAACGACAGCAUUCAAGCAGCUAUGACUUUGGCUAGCUCCGCUGGAGAGUCUGUCCCGCUGAAGACGAAUGUUGAGCCGGCAACUGGUGGACCAAUUCAGCCAACGCCUCCGAGUAUCUCUGCCCCACGACGACUUCGCAGUCCAAGCAUCAAGAUCGCAGCUCAAAGUGAAACCCGCGCCAAAACUCCGGGUACACCCACUCGCGUCGUUGCCAACCGAAAACUCGCCAUCUCCGACUUUCCAAGGCUUCUCAAGGCGUCUAACAGCCUCUACGCAAAGUACCAAGACUCUCCUGAAGGCAAAAGCGAACAAACAUUACCCGCCAUAAAGGUGGAGGACGUGCGGAAAGGUGCAUUCACGGAGGGCUUGGCUGACCAAUACAAACACGAGAUGGUGCGGAAGGUGAAAAGACUGUCCUCGAUGGAGCAGUACAUCGGUGUGCGCUUCAAGGUUCUUGGAGACAUCACGGCUGCCCAAGAAGGUGGCGACUACCACGAGCACUGCCGGCUUCCUCGUAAGCCCAAGAUUCCAAAACCCAGUCGCCGGUUAGUGAACCCGAAGACGAAGCAGCCUCGACCCGACCGCUUCAACAGGAAAAUUAACCGCAUGAUGAGGAAGAUCUGGAGGAAAGAUCACCCGCUGCCGGUAGUCGAAGAAAGUCUGCGAGAUCCUUAG